AUGAAGCGCUCACGAGAGCCCGAAGAAGCUAUAGAAUCCGGGCCCGAUGCCGAAGUUUCUCUACGCCCUGCGGUCAAGUAUACUGAGCUAGACUCGGCAGUGGAAAGCGGAGACGAAGACGACCAGAACUCGGUAGCCAUGCGAUGCUCCCUACCCCCCCAUAAGGAACCUCUCAAGUUCACGACGUAUGGCGACUAUGAAACCCAUUACAGCAAGUUCCAUACAAACCGAUGCCUAGAAUGCCGGAAGAAUUUCCCUUCGCACCACCUUCUCGGACUUCAUAUCGAGGAAUUCCAUGACCCUCUCGUCGUCAUUAAGAGAGACAAUGGUGAACAUACUUAUUCCUGUUUUGUUGAAGGUUGCGAGAGGAAGUGCAUGACUCAUCAGAAGCGACGCAUGCACAUGAUUGACAAGCACAUGUAUCCCAAGAAUUUCUUCUUCGCCAUUACUAAAGACGGCAUCGACGGUAGACGAUCACUGCUCACAGAGAAUGGCCACCACAGAAGACGAUCAUCCACAGCAACGACCCAAUCGAAGGAGCCCCGGCGCCGAGACAGCUUAAAGGGGCAGGUCGAGACUCAGACUGACAAGACUCCCAAGAAGCCAUCAGCAGAAAACAAGGCAUCGAAGCAAGCAGCACCCGAGAAAGGCGACAAGGAGAUGACGGAUCUCACAGACGCCAUGUCCUCACUACAGUUCGUGCCGCCCAGCAUUCGUUUCGGGCGUGGGCGAGCAGGAUUCUCAAAGACUUGA